UAAAUGGCGGAUAUCGAUAGCUAUACUUUUGAAUAAUUAAGAUUGAUGCAUCAUGAAAUUGCUAAAGCUGAAUGAAUUGCCGUGAACGUUUCUUAGGAAUAUGUAUUAGUUAUAACAAAUACCAGGAAAUGAAUGUGUGUGUAGUCUGAGCUGUAUUACGGUCAUACAUUUAUUGAAAACCCAAUAAAUGUAUUCAUUUCAAAAAUGCAUUUCUUUGGUCUAAAUGUAGUGCCUCGAGGUCUAAGCAUAAUUAUUACCUUUGACUUGGCUAAAGUAACAAAUGGCACUUUAAAAAUUAAUAUUGACUGGGGAUGACUGAAAUAUUACUUUCACAAGGAUAUUUACCUGGAUGUUGUCUGCCACACCGAAAAACCAGUUUACUCUACCAACAUUUGUCUGUUUGUACCACAGUGUACAGUAUUGACUCUGGAAAAACAUCCCCCAACAAAGACUUACGGUGGUUAUGAAAAGUCUACACACCCCAGGUAAAAUGACAGGUUCUCGUAAUAUGAAAAAAUAAGACCAAGAUAAAUCAUUUCAAACUUUUUCCACCAUUAAUGUGACCUACUGUAUAACCUGGACAACUCAAAAGAAUAUAUAUUUCCACAUUAAUGGUGGAAAAAGCUUUCAAAUGAUUUAUCUUGGACUCAUUUUUCUGUAUCACAAAAACCUGGCUUUUGAAAAAGUCUGUGUUUGCUUUUGUUUUGAUAUCCACUGUACACCUUGAAGUUCCUCGCACGUCAUGGCACCAUGGUUGAAAGAAGAACGAAAAUGGCGGCGUUGUUGAAGUGAUUUUCCCCAAGGAUCUUGGCCCACAUGCAGUAUCCGAGUUGACACGAAAGAGCUGAAAACAAUGUGAUUAGACAAACAGCGGUGAAAGCAUAUCUUCCGUGGCACAAGUAAUGCGUGAAGCCCAUCACAGUAAUGUUUGUCCUUGUUAUGAUAUGGCUGACGGAUCGUAGUCCAGACUGGUCCGUAUCUGGCAUCAUGGACAUUACUAAACCAAUUUGGCCUUAAUAUUGAAAGUUCUAUUUUGUAUUUUUGAUCUGAGCUGAAAAUUGAAAUUGCUGUUUGUGUGUCUGUGCGUGUGUGUGUGUGUUAGAAUGAAAAACUAAAGAAUCAGUCACUUGCUCAUGUUUUGGAAAGAAGAAAAUGUCCACCGAUUUGAAAAGAACGAGCAAAUAACGCAACCGACUGCACGUGGGAAAACGUACACGUGAGUUCCCCCCCCCCCAAAUUGAAAUGCAGAAAAGUGAACAUGUGCUGGACGGUAUUGUGGAAUGUCGCUGCCGGUGGGGGAGGGACGUGUGACCCUCCUUCUCGCCUCACCAGCAAGCGGAUGUGCUGUGCUUGUCAUUUCUUGCCACCUUUUUUCAGCUGCUUGUCUGUACUUCACCUGACAAGUGCUGAAAUACACAGUAUAUGCACUUCUGCUUGCUUGUGGGAUGAGUCAGGAAGUAAGGAAAUAAAUCGAUAUACAGAAACUGUGGCCCAGUUGAUAAGAGACAUCCGGCUAUCUGCGAAGAAGCGACUGACAUGAUUGAAAAGACUGAGCAAUGAACAUUUGUCACCUGCUGGCAGUGCCGACGAGGUCCCCUGAACAAAGACAAAGGUGACCUCUAAAAAGCUUGCUACAGGAGACGAGCAAUCGGCUACGACGCGUCAAAAUGACGGAAAGCCCAAACUUUAAGAACGGCGUGCGGCGGCUUUGACGAGGUUGAGGCUGUCGCGCUUCUCCGGAGCAGAAGAGAACCGAUCAGACGAAAUGUCUGUCAAGUGCGUCUUGGUCGGGGACUGCGCGGUGGGAAAGACAGCCCUCCUGGUCAGCUUCACUUCAGGAACCUUCCCCGACACCUACAAGCCCACGGUGUUCGACAACACCGGGGUGGAGGUGUACACGGACGGUGUUUUGAUCAGUCUGGGCCUGUGGGACACGGCGGGCCAGGACAGCUUCAGGCAGAUCCGACCCCGAUCCUACCAGCAGGCCGACGUGGUGCUCGUCUGCUACUCCGUGGCCAAUCCCAACUCUCUGGCUAACGUGCAGAGCAAGUGGAUGCCGGAGGUACGGGAGAACUUGCCCACGACGCCGGUGCUGGUGGUGGGCACUCAGACGGACCUGCGGGAGUCGGCUUCGCAUCGGGGCGGCUGCGUGUCCGCGGCGGACGGGAGGCGCGUGGCUCAGGAGGUGCGCGCCAAAGGCUACCUGGAGUGUUCGUCCUUGACCAAGCGAGGAGUGCAGCAAGUUUUCGAGUGCGCCGUGCGGACCGCCGUCAGCCACAACAGGAAGCGGGCCGCGCGACGUAUGUUCAGCAUGGACCGCUGCAAGGUCUUUUGACCCUCGUUCAAAUAGCAAGAAUUUAGAAACUUCAACCACAGACAAUUGUUUGAGUACAUAUCACUUAUGUGACUGAAAAUUUGAAAAAGAUCUUUACAUCAUUACAUGCAAAUCACGGCUGUAUUGUGAUUUUUGUUAACAUUUCGUUCAAAAGGUUUCAAUAUGAUCAUGAUUCCAUUUCGCCGGUUGGCUAGGGUUAAUCUCAGUAUCGGGUCUGGCGGCGAAGCGAUGCGUUCUCCUGACUUCGGUGCAGGCAGCGUGAGGGCAGUUCCCGGUCAGCGAUGGCGCAAAUGUGAGCGGGAAUGUUUGUCGGCCGGGAGAUGUGCCCUGGCUGCGGUUGCCCGGCAACCAGCAAAGGUGCCGUUUGCCUUUUUCCUGACGUCAGCUGCUCCCAAUGACGCUGAACAUUCGGAGUGGAAUAGAAACUGGAUGGAUGGACGUCUUCACAAGGAUCUAAUCACCUUAACUCGGGGUUACGCUUACCUUUGAAAGUCGGUUUGGCUUUCGGGAUUCUGCAGUUUACAUUCAAAAAUGAAUACAUAAAUAAAACUCCUAAAUGAGCGUAACAACAAUUAAGGCAAUAUCGCUCAAAUUUAAAAUGAUUGAAUUCAUCGGCCACAACUCGGCAGGAGGUACACCAGCAGAAUCUCGUGAGAUACAAGAAAUAUUCAAUACAAUACAAAACGACAAAAUUCUACCUUUACCAGUAUCAUAAUGCUCAAUUUUUAUGCGACGCUGCCAAAAAUAGGAACUGAACUGUUUAUCAUCAUUGUAUUGUUUUGAUGCCGUUAAAUGUAAUGUAUAUCUAACAAUAAUAAACUAUUCAAAUGUUGCCCCUCAAAGACUUUAUUAAAC